AUGAGUGGUUACGACAGGGCAUUAUCAAUCUUUUCUCCAGAUGGUCAUAUUUUCCAAGUUGAAUAUGCUUUAGAGGCUGUGAAAAGAGGUACCUGUUCAGUUGGUAUCAAAGGUGAGAAUUGUGUUGUUUUGGGUUGUGAGAGAAGGUCUACUUUAAAGCUACAAGACACUAGAAUUACCCCUUCAAAAAUCUCAAAGAUUGACAAUCAUGUUAUACUUUCGUUUUCAGGGUUAAAUGCAGAUUCAAGAAUUUUAAUCGAAAAGGCAAGAAUCGAAGCUCAAAGUCAUAAAUUAACUUUAGAGGACCCAAUUUCAGUGGAAUAUUUGACUCGUUAUGUUGCUGGAGUUCAACAAAGGUAUACCCAAUCCGGUGGUGUUAGACCAUUUGGUAUUUCAACAUUGAUUGCUGGAUUUGAUCCAAAUGAUAAGACUCCAAAAUUAUAUCAAACAGAACCUUCAGGUAUUUACUCUUCAUGGACUGCUCAAACAAUCGGUAGAAAUUCAAAAACUGUAAGAGAAUUCUUAGAAAAUAAUUAUGACCGUAAUGAACCACCAAAAACUGUGGAAGAAUGUGUUAAACUAACUGUGAAAUCAUUACUAGAAGUAGUUCAAACUGGUGCUAAAAAUAUUGAAAUUACAGUAGUAAAACCAGAUUCUGAAAUAUUGACGUUAGACAAUGACGAAAUUGACAAAUACGUUCAAGAAAUAGAAACUGAAAAGAAACAACAGGAAGAACAAGAUAAGAAAAAGAAGAAAUCUGCAUAG